GCGCUCUCGGCGGGUCCUCCCCCUCUGUCGGCCGAGGGCUGGCACUUGCGAACGUCACGGCGAGCGGGCAGUGCGGCCGAGGCGGCGGAACCUGCAGGCGCGAUGGCUCUGCUGACCGACAUCCUCCUGUUGCUAUCGGCGGCCGCAGCUGCCCUGGGAUCUGUGGAGGUCUUUCUCCAGGAACAGAUGAACGCGGAGGUGAUGCACAGCGUGACCAUCCCCUGUACACACACUAUCACCGGUACCCACAGCAACGUUGUGGUGGAGUGGUUUGUGCUGACCAGGAAUAACAAUCGUGAGCGUAUCGCCUACAAGGACCGGACGAACAGCAUAGUGGACCCCAGCACAGAAUUCACGGACAGGGUAUCGGUAGAUGCAAACUACAGCCUGACCAUCAGCCCAGUUCAGCUGCAGGAUGAACGAUCGUUCCUCUGUCAGGUCAUCGCUGGGGCCGCAGGCAGUCAUGAGGGCAAGACUGACCUGAAGGUGUACGAUUCCCCGGAACGGCCGGAGGUGACGCCAAACCCUGCCAUCUUGUCAGUGAUGGCGCCUCUCCUGUCAGAGAUCGGAAGUUGCACCAGUCGGAAUGGAUACCCUGCACCCUCACUCAUCUGGUACAAGGACGGAUCAGCCCUCGACUCUGUCACCACCCACAACCAGCAGAUGUACAUGACGCCCCGGGUGGUGAAGGAAGCCAGUGGUCUGUACACAGUCAGCAGCCGUCUGUAUCUGCGACUACACCGUGACGACAGGCACUCGCAGUUCCAUUGUAGGGUCCUGUACCCAACUGCUAAGGGGAACACCCUGUGGCUCGACUCAGACCCCUUCAACAUCUCCCUGCACUACCACACUGAACACGUGACCUUUAACCUUGGCUCGGACACAGACAUCAAGGAGGGGGAUGAUGUGCGGAUGCGAUGCACGGCAGAUGGAUUCCCUCAGCCUGAGUACAUCCUGUACAGAGUGGUGGAUGAUGAGGAGCACGAAAUCCUUACCAGUAAAGACGGGCUGUUGAUAUUGAAGGAUGUGUCAAGGAACGACAGUGGUACCUACCGCUGUGAGGCGUUGGACUUCGAUGCCCCACCAGAUGUGCUGAAGAAGGACAUCUCCAUCUUUGUGCACUACCUGCAGCCUCCGGUACUGACCAGCAAAAGCCCGCUCACUGUCCAUCUGGGACAGGAUGUCGAGGUUUCCUGUUCCUCAGAGGGCUCAGACACACCCAAGAUCAUUUGGAGGAAGGGCAAAGAACACCUCUCACACUCUGGGACCCUCAGCCUCAGGAAAGUGGGCUACAAGUCAAGUGGGACAUACGUGUGUGAGGCGAGUGUGCCCUCUGUCCGCGGGCUGGUCACAACACGGCAACUGAAGAUUCUCGUUGAAGGGAGACCCUCCAUGGAGACAACACCAAUGAAGCUGACAGUGCAGAAGGAGGGUGAGCGCAUCAUUCUCACCUGCUCCUCCUCGGGCCACCCCAGCCCCAAGAUCACCUGGAGCAUCGAUAAACAGCCGGUGGUGAGCUCCUUGGAUCAGAUGGUGGUCAGUAAGGUCUCUCUGCCCGUCAGCUCAAUACUAGCCCAGACUGGUGUGUUCUGUAAUGCCAGCAACAAGCAUGGAUGGAGCCAACGGCAUUUCCAGCUAUCCAUUGUUCCUCCCACCAGCAAGGCCCCCGUAUCAACUGGAGGGAGCCAGGAGCAGGAGGCCGGAGGCGGUGUGGUGGUGAUAGUAGUGGUGGUCUGUGUGGUUCUGCUCCUGGUGGUGGUCGGCCUGCUCUACUGCCUGCACAGGAGGGGCAUGCUCCGCUGUGGCAGCUCCGAGAAAACAGACACGGUUCACACAGAGGUCAGGAAUGAUGACAUUGUAGUGGAGAUGAAGUCGGGCCAAUCAGCAGAAACCUCUGGGCUCCUGGGUGUUAACACAGAGAGGAGGCCUGGGCCAGACAGGCGCUAGGUCUGGACCUGCUCACACACCCAGGAGGAGCAUGGAGGAGCUACAGACUCAAGGGAUGAGGGAGAGAGUGAUGCUGUGGUAAGGGACCAGGCCUGUCUCUGCCCACCACUCUCUCACCAGAUGGACAACUUCCUAACACUGUCUUCUGUCAAAGCAGAGCCAGUCGAACUCCUUACCACAAACACUGGGCUCCAAGACUCUCCUCACUCUGACCCAACCCCAACACACCUCGAGACUGCAGCUCAGUCUGUGCUCCGCACUGGGUCUGCCCACUCCUCCCCUCUACAGUCCGACUCUUAUGGGCACACACUGGCCAAGAGGGAUGUUGCAGAGACAUACUCUGUGACCCAGAAGUUUGUGAUGGGACAGUAUGCAGGCAGUUUCACUCUGUGUCUGACCCUGGGACUGUGUGAUGGGACGGUGCAGAGGGAGCUUCACUCUGUGUCUGACCCCGGGAGUGUGUGAUGGGACAGUGUGGAGGGAGAUUCACUCUGUGUCUGACGCCGGGAGUGUGUGAGGAACGGUGCAGAGGGAGCUUCACUGUGUCUGACCCCGGGAGUGUGUGAUGGAACGGUGCAGAGAUUGCUUACCCCCAUGACAGUGUGUUACCCAAUUAGAGUACAUCCCUACUCUCAGACCUGUGCCUCUUGCCCUUUUGGUUGAUUGGAGGAAGUCCGACCUGUACAGGAUAUAACCAUGUUGGUGCCCGAUUCCUCAGUGCUCAGAGUUUGUGAUGACGAGAUCUGACUGCCAUCUUUCCACUGUUCGUGCUUGAUGUUUUUUUUAACGAGAAGGGACCCAGAGAGGGUUUUGAUUGCCUCACCUCCCCACUCCUUUCAUACCCAUUCCCUCAGUUCUGCAUCAGGAUGACCCUCUCAGACCCUGAGCCACAGUGGUCAAUGGGACUUCCCCCCACGCACCUGGACACCUUGCCAGUACCUCAGCCUGGACUGACCACUGCGGGACUGUCUGUCUAACCCUGGCCUGGCAAAUGGUCAAUUCCGUCCACAACCUUGUUUCUCACCUCCUUCACUUCCUCACCCCAUGGUCAUAAUACCCAUCCUGCAUGAUCCACUGCCAAAUCUCUCCACUUCCUAACACCCAUCUCCCUCUCCAACAACACCCAUUCGCUCUUCUGUUCCCUUCUGUCCCCUCCCCCUCUCCCUUCCUGCCUCUCUCUCCUUCAAUGGGACUAUAUUCAUUGUGGGUGUUCAACAGACACAGUGGAUCUCCCAUCCUCCAAUAUAUCACCACUCUUGCCCCUCCCUCCCCUGCUUCCCCUACCCAAACCCCCCCUUCCUCCCUGACCCCUCCUCGUACCCCCACCAUUGACUGUGGCUUUGAACCCAACUGGUACCCUCUCUCAGCCUGUGUCGUGCUCUGUAUAUACUGUGUGUUGUGUAGAGUUGGGUUGUGUAAUAGACAUUGGUGUAACAGACAUCAAAGUGACAGAUGUUGGAAUCUAUUAACAAACACUGGUGUAACAGACGCGGUUUACAGACACUGGUGUAACAGACGCUGUGUGUGUCA